CAACAAAAAUCAAGACCGAUAAUCCUGGACCGGCAAUCUGACCUAGUCCCGUCGAAAUGGCUCAAGUAUUUCGCACAGCUGUGAGGUCUUUUGCAACCUCUUCGAGCAGGCAAAAUGCCAUAAAAACUGUUACAGUUAUUGGUGGAGGAUUGAUGGGAUCAGGAAUAGCCCAAGUAGCAGCUACAACAGGGCACCAGGUUGUUAUGGUUGAUCAGACAGAUGAUAUUCUGGGUAAAUCUAAGGCAUCAAUACAGAAAAGUCUACAGAGGGUGGUAAAGAAAAAGUUUGCUGAGGAUCCAAAGGGUGGUGAACAGUUUGUAUCAGAUAUAUUAGGAAGAAUUACAACACAAACAGAUUCUAAUGCAGCUGUGGCCAAUACUGACUUAGUUAUAGAAGCCAUUGUAGAAAAUAUUGAUAUAAAAAAAAAGUUGUUUUCUAGUCUAGACAAGGCAGCACCACAACACACAAUAUUCACCAGUAACACAUCGUCAUUACCGAUCGGUGAUAUAGCAGUAUCUACACAAAGGCAAGACAGAUUUGGGGGAUUACAUUUCUUUAAUCCUGUUCCUAUGAUGAAGUUAUUAGAGGUUGUUAGGAUACCAGCUACUAGUGAUGAAACAUUUAACAAGUUAUCAGAUUUUGGUAAAGCCAUGAAGAAAACAACAGUUGAUUGUAAGGAUACACCUGGUUUCAUAGUAAACAGACUUCUAGUUCCCUACACAAUAGAAGCAAUGAGAAUGGUAGAGAGAGGUGAUGCUAGCUUUAAAGAUGUGGACACAGCUAUGAAGCUAGGUGCUGGAUAUCCCAUGGGGCCAUUUGAACUUAGUGAUUAUGUUGGACUAGACACCAUGAAGUUUAUUCUUGAUGGAUGGGCGGUUAAAUAUCCAGACAAUCCUUUGUUUCAACCAAGUGCCUUAUUGGAUAAAUAUGUAGCUGAAGGUAAACUUGGUGCUAAAUCUGGAGAAGGAUUCUAUAACUACAAGAAAAAAUGAUCCAGAAGUGUACCAUCAUAGGGGAACAAUAAAUACCUAUAAUUGUGAUAAUUGAUUCAUUGUUAAUGUAUAGAAGGAAUCCUAAAGUCUCGGUUGAUUAUGGUUCAUUGACAAUGAAGUCUGAUGAUAAAUGAUUAUGUAGUUUUCAAAGAAGCACAAGGAAUUCGUUAGUAUCUUUGAAGCUGACAUAUUAUGAUUACUACAAUUGAUUAUAUUAAACAGAUAUUAUUUUUCUAUAAAA